GAGAGAGAGAGAGAGAGAGAGCACAUCCUGGUCAGUCAGAGGAUACAAGAGAAGAGAAACCUCACAACUGAACUGACUGUUCUUUAGGAACAUUUAAAACUGCACGCCUGCCAUGUCCACAGGAGGGUUUGCCUCGGUCUUCUACAGUGAGCCAGCAGUUCUGGGGCUGCUGGCCAAUGUCUUCAGUGCCUUUUAUGUAGCGCUGCAGAACUUCGCCCAUGUGGCCACGGGCAAACCUGCACAGGGACUGGAGAACACACUCGCAGGUGUGCACCUGAUCUUGAUUGGAGGCGCGGUGCAGCUGGUGGCAGGGCUGCUCACCUUCCGUAAGUAUGACCACCUGGCUGGCACCACCUUCCUGGCCUUCUCCGCCCUGUGGGGCAGCUACGGCGCCACGCGGCUGGUCCAGGGCUGCUGGGACGGCUACAACAGCACGCUGGUCAUCACCAACGCGACGACUGGGCUCCAGCCCCCUCCCGUCAGCGAGUCGGCCACUGCUGGCCUGGUGGCCUACAUUAGCGUGGCCUUCAUUGUCACCUUCUGCUCGGCCACCGCCAGCUACGUGAUGCCGCUGGUGUUCGGCUCCAUCACGCUGACGCUGGUGCUGGAGGCCGUGGGCCUGCGGGUCACUGGGGCCCUGGCGGCUUCCGGAGCCUUCCAGCUGGUGAUCACGCUGGUGGGGCUGUACGGAGCAACGGCCCUGCUGCUGAAGGGCCUGUACCAGCGCCACGUCCUGCCCGGCUUCGGAAACGCCCUCUUCGACGUGCUGCUGCUGGGGGCCGCCGUCAAGCCCUCGGCCCACAAGCAGGCCAGGAAGGGCAAGGAGGAGGAGGAGAAGAAGAAGGACAGCAAGUACGCCGAGCCCUUCGCGCUGGGCAACAUGGCCGACACGGUGGCGGCCAUCGUGCUGGCCUUCCACGGCUUCGGCUACCCGGCCUCCUUCGAGGUGGGGGCGCUGUGGCUCAGCUUCAACGCUGCCGCCCAGCUGCUGGCCAGUUACUACGCCUGCCUGCGGGGCGACGCCUUCCACUGCACCAAGCUGGGCCUGCACCUGACCUUCUGGCUGGUGCUGAGCUGGGAGGAGUUUGUGGGCACCGUGACCCUGCCCUGGCUGGGUGUGGGCGCGGGGGACGUGGCGGAUGUGCGGAUGCGUCUGGCGGGGAACUGGUACUUCCUGCUGGCGUCGCUGCUGCCCUGCCUGCUCUCGCUGUGCCGCGACCGGCUGGAGCUCCUGCACAACCUGGCCUUCGCCCUGGUGACCCUCGCCGCGCUGCCCCAGAUCCCCCCCGCCUCCCGCGGGCCCUUCCUGGGCGUGGCCCUGACCCUGUACGCCGUGCUCAGCCUGGCCCUCUCCUUCAUCAGCUUGGUCAACUCCAUCGCCGAGAAGGUGCUCAUCCCCCGCGGGAACCGGCUGGUGGCCACCGGGAAGAUGCAGGAGGCGCUGUUCGGCCUGAAGCGCUGCCUCACACCCCGCCUCAUGCCCGUGCCCCCCCACCCCGCCAGCCCCGCCCAGCUCUCCGCCCGCCUGCCCGACGCACUCUUCUUCCUGUCCAAUGGGCUGGCCGCCUUCGCCGCCAUGCACCUAUCAGAGCGCAGGACCGACUCCGGCCUCCUGGCCCUGCCCGGGGUGCUGAUUCCCGGGGUCCUGCUGCAGCUGUACGUGGCCCGGCUGCAGGUUCGAGGAGGGCGCAGGUUUGGGCCCACCGUGCCCUUCUGCUACGCUGCCAUCUGGGCCACCUGGUCCUGGCUCAGGUUUGCAGAUCCCAUUCUCGGGGUCGCUAACUCCUCCAUACAUGCAUUCACUGCUGCAGCGGUGGCCUUCAUCAUCAUCAACUUCUUCAUCAUCAUCAUUGCUGCAUACAGCAACACAGUUUUGCUGGUGCUCACCAUCACCAUGGAGACCCUACUGGCCACCUUCUUCCUCUUCACCAUCAACAAGCCAAUCCUGGAAGUGGAAGUUGGGCUGCUGGCUUUAUUCGGCUUGGUGUGUCUAUACGGGGCGACAGCCUCAUUGACCAACCACGUCUUCGAGAAGAAUCUGUUUCCGAUGGGAUCAAAACUCCUCAGGUCAAAGCCCAAGUCCACCUCAGCCCCAGCAGCCCUUCCGUGCCCCUGCCCGUCCUCUGAGAAGACCAGCGGCCUGAAGACCAUCGCCUCCAUCCUGAACGGCGGAGGGGUGUGUGGAAUCCCCUCUGACACGGUCUACACCCUGUCUGCCUCCUGCGGACACCCGGCUGCCAUCCAGCGCAUCUACAACAUCAAGGACCGACCAAUGGAGAAGCCCAUCUGCCUGACCAUUGCGACUCUGCAGCAGUUGGAGGCUGUGGCCCCGCCCUUCAGCCCCCUGCUGUGGGAGUUCAUGCGCCACGUCUACCCCGGUGGCAUUGGCUGCAUCGUGAAGAAGGGGGAGUGGCUACGCAAGCUGGGCGUGGGCGAGGCCUAUGACUAUGUGGGUACCAAGGACUCCAUCAUGAUCCGCAUCUCCGACCUGACCGUCACGUCCCACCUGCUGAGCAUGACCGGCCCGCUCGCCAUCACCUCGGCCAAUCCCAGCGGGGAGCCCGACAGCACACAUCACGACAUGGUCAUCACGCGUCUGGCAGAGAAGCUUGAUGGCGUUCUCUGUGAUGGCGACUCCACUGAGCUGGUUUCUUCCACCGUGGUCAUCUGCACCAAGAUCGACGAAGGCACUCUGUCUUUUCUGAGGGAGGGGGCAGUGCCCAAAGCCAAGGUGCUCCAGAUAUUUGAAACGGUCAAGAACAAGAUGGCUGCCACACAAGAUGCCUGAUUACAUGGCUGCCACACGCAAAAAUGUCUUCCCUUGGUGUAUCUGAAAACGGUCUGGUCGGGGCAAUCUGACUCCUCAACACCGAUAUGUACUUCUGGGGGCAGGCGCACUGAUCAGACCAGCGGUCAACUAUGUUUUGAAAUACUUUAACUUCACAGAUGUUAUUACAAUGCAAAAGAGAACUCAGAGAGUCAGGUUAUAAUCCAAGUGUAAAAUGUGGAAGAAGAAUGUUGUUCUGUAUAUUGGUAUAAACAGAUGUGUAUUUCAGAAGACUGAAGAAUCUGCAGGAAUUGUUCUACUGCCUAAAAGUAUUUAAAAUAAUUUGGCCCAGGUCUCACACACACACACACACACACACACACACACAAACACAGUGUCGUAAGUCUAAUGUCUGCAGAUUGCUCAAGCAGACUGCAUGAAAUGUGGUCAGUGGUUAUUAUGAAAUGCAAAGAAGAAUUUCACACAAAAUUAGUUAGUCACUGAAAUGAAUGCAUAUAUUAUAUGAGACCGAGUGUUUAUUUAAUGUUUUAAUUACACAUACCGAUUAUACAGCACUAUGGACCAUACUUAUUUAAAAAAAAAGAAAAAAAGUUUUUUUUUUUGUUGUCUCAAUCACUGCAUUAUGGCUUGUACUUAGAGUAGAGGCUUCUGAAAUGUUUAAUAUUUGCCUUGUUUGUAAAUAAAGACCUGUCAUAGAUAUGCUUAAAUCUUGUACAAAACCAUAAAAUAAAUCUUAUCCAUAACUUAUUAACAAGAAUGAACAGCCAAACAUGGAAAAAGAGGAAUAAAGUUCUUGAAACACA